AUGGCGACACAGCUAGCGGCUAUACUGAGCCAGACGCUCAACCCGGAUCCCAACGCGCGUAUCCAGGCCGAGCUCGCGCUCGCAGAAGCCCUCAACGAUCCCCAAAACGCGCUGUUGCUCACGCAGAUCGUCGCGUCCAUCGUCUUACGGAAAUACGUCCGCGAGCACUGGUCUCCCUACUUCUCCACCUUCCGCGGCCAUGCCCCCUCGCACGAACUCAAACAACAAAUCCGAGCUGGAAUAUUCUCCGGUCUAUCCCUCUCGCACCGCAAGCUGCGUUCACUGUCUGCCGCUGCACUGAGCACGAUCGCCAAAUCGGACUGGCCGGACGAGUACCCCGAUCUUCUGAACGACCUCAUCGCGUUAUUAUCUAGUGGAAGUCAGAAUGGGAUCCACGGCGCGAUGGAGGUUUUCGCUGAAUUCGUCAGGGAGGAGUUGACGGAGGACCAGCUCCUACCCGUCUUAAGGUCUUUGUUGCCGGUGCUCUACAACAUCCUCUGUGCACCGGAGCAACACUCGCCGCUUACGCGCGCCCGGACGUUAUCUGUGUUCCGCCAAUGCGUCGAGGCGCUGUACAUGGUCAAAGGCGCGCACCCGGACGCAGUCAAAGAUGCCGCGCAGUCUAUCCUGCCCGUAUGGAUCGACGCGCUUCAGGCGGUCUUGCAAUCCGAUCCCACCGCGGACGUGCAGACCGAGAACUGGGAUGGUUUGGCGUUGCGUGUACAGGCGUGCAGAACGCUCGACACGCUGCACACGUCUUUCCCUCGCACACUCUCAACUUACCUCCCGAACCUCUUGAGCGCAUGCCUAAACCAUCUAAACGCUCUCUACCCAACAUUCGCCCAAGCCUACCUGACCGACACCCUCCCACCCCGCACCUCAGCCGAAGACGACGUCACAGAACUGCCUACUCUCAUCGCACCACUCAUGGACUUCGUCGCUUCCGCCUCACGCACAAAGGUCGCGCGCGCAUGGGUCGGAGAGAAUCUCGAUAACUUGAUUCAGGCGGCGGCGAGGUGGGCGCAGAUGACGCCGGAGAAUGAAGAGGAUUGGGCGGCGGAUGCGAAUUUGUUCGUCGCGCAGGAGGACGACGAGACUGUUGCGUACAGCGUCAGGGUCGCGGUAUUCGACUUGCUUGGCUCACUUCUUGCCGCUUUCCCCGGAGCAGCAGCUCGUGCACUCGGCGCCGCACUAGACGGCGCAGUCCGCUCGUGGGCAGCAGCAGAACCCGAGCCGUGGCGUGCACUCGAAGGUGCUCUUGCAGUCACGGCUGCACAAGCCGAGGCGGUCCUCGACGCAAUAGACGACGAAGUCGAGAGUGGACGUCCAUCGCCGGUUGAUAUCGCUGCUCUGCUGACGGGCGUCGUACCCGGACUCGUACAGCUCAACGAUCAUCCUUUCCUGCAAGGCCGCGCUCUGGUCUUCGCAUCUCGUUUCGCACGUCUUCUGCCUCUCGAUAUGGCAGGGCAGUACCUCGAUGCGGCCGUCCAGGUGCUCGAGAGCCCGAGUACGGGUGUACCGUUCAAGAUCUGCGCUGUCAAGGCGAUUCAACAGUUCAGCAACGCACUCGAAAGCCAGGCCUUGGAGCCGGCUGCGCCGAGGAUGGCGAAGGACCUUGGUCCGUUCUUGUUGCAGACGACAGAAGACACGUUGUCAUUGGUUCUCGAAACGCUGCAGAAUAUUGUCGAGAUCGAAGACGGACGCUGGCUCGAGGUCCCGCUCGCGCGUGACCUCGUGCUUGCGCUGCUGGAAGUAUGGGCAAAGAAUAUCAAAGACCCCGUCUUCCUCUCGAUCCUCACUGAGCUCCUCACGACAAUCGCCCACGCCUCACCCGAGAUCUACGCCGCCGUCUCCGAAGUCGCUCUCCCACGCCUUUCCCAAGCCCUCCAUCACCCCGACCCAACUCAAACCUGGAUAUCGGCCUCCGCACUCGACCUCCUCGCCGCGCUCGCAUCCGGUUCACCCGCCUCCACCGGUCUAGGUCCCAAUUUCGUGCCGACCUCUGCACCGGGUGUAUUCGCGACGCUCGCUACAGCCGAGGACCGCGACGUUCUCCAAGCUGGCGCAUCACUUCUCACGCUCAUCGUCCGGCGCGACGCCCAAGCGCUCAUCGGAUGGGCCGACGCUGACGGAUGCACCGGUCUCGGCCACGCACUCAUCCUCGUCCGAAGGCUUGUACAAGCUAAAGACGAAGCCGGCGGUUUAGCAGUCGGAGAGCUUGUCGUACAUCUGUUGCGCGGAGCAGGCGACGCCGUUCUUCCCGUCCUCCCUGACCUGCUCAAUGCCAUGCUCUCGCGCAUGCGCACGGCACAGACGGCCACCUUCCUCCAAUCUCUUCUCGUGCCCUUCGCAUUCCUCAUCCACGCGCAACGCGACGCAUUGCUCGAUAUGCUCGAGGGCAUACAUGUCGGCGAGGACGGGAAGAGCGGGAUGCAAGUGUUCUUGGAAUGCUGGGUCGAGAACGCCGGCACGUUCCAAGGGUUCUGGGCGCAGAGGGUCAGCGCGCUGGCUCUUUGCGAUGUCCUUGCUGCUGGACGCCCAUCUGUGGGAAAUGUUAUCGUCAAAGGCGAUAUCAUUCUGAAAGAGGAAACGAAGAACGACCCCGUCCCUCCUCCACCUGCUGCUGUUACCGGCGCUGUCAACGAUGAAGUGAUCAUGACUCGCUCGCGCACCAAAGCUGCGCCCGUCGAGUUCACGCGCGUACCGUUCCCCGUCAAGGCGCUCAAGUUACUCGUGCAUGAGCUUCAGGCCGGGGGCGAGGCUGCUGCUGCUGGACUCAACGCGGCGGACUUGCCGGAUGACGAUGAGGGCUCGGACUGGGAAGACGACGGCGCGAGCGGAGCAGGCGGCGAGAACCCGCUCCGUCCAGACGAGCUGGCCUUCCUCUCAGACAUCCUCGGACCCAAAGGCGCCAAGUUCGAAGAUGAGGACGGUGAUGUGUUCGGGCUCGAAGUUGAGGAUGAGGAGCUACGGAACGAUCCGAUCGCGCAGGUCGAUAUCCAGGCACAUGUGGUUGGGUUCUUCAAGCAGUGCGCUGAUCGGGACGCGAAUGGGUUCGGGGGGCUCGUGCAGCAGUUGACGGAAGAGGAGAAGGCUGUUGUGCAGAGGGCUGUCGCGCAGCAGUGA